GAUUCAGGACUCCUCUUUAGAUCCGUGACACUUACACCUUCAUAGUUCAUACCAACCAUUUUAUUCUAUGUUCUUUUCUUCCUAUUGUUUGAGAAAUCAUUUAUAUUUUGUCACUUUGACAAUUGAAUGAAAAUAAGUAGAUUUUAAACAAUAUAUUUUCACUGUUAGGUGGGAUUCUUCCAUGUUGCAAUGAUUUAUAUAUGAAUGCUAGGUAUAUGCUGCGAGAAGAUUGAGGGAAACAACAUUUUAUCAUCCUACAAUUUGACGAUCUUUGCUUGGCUGCUUGCUAUUAUCUGAAGAAGGCAACAAAGAUCCGCACAGGUGUCUUGGUGUCUGGUUCAUUGAAAAGUAUUUUAAGUAGUUUUAAAAGAAGCAGACUAAGAACCAUUCGACAACUUGUAUUACACUGUGUAAUAAGUCUCUAAACCGUCUGUCAAAGCUAGAAGAAAUAAAAGAAGAAAAGGAGAAGCACAAGAAAGACCAAGAAUUUCGCGGAGCAACAAUGAGCAUGGAAGAAGUGAAUGAUAAGAAAGAGAAUCAGAGAGAGAACUUGGAAGAACUACACGAAGAAACUGAGGGUUCAAGGACAAUACAACCAUGGACAAAGCAAAUCACGAUCAGGGGAGUCAUUGUAAGCAUUCUGAUUGGGACCAUUUACAGUGUGAUAGCCAUGAAGCUCAACCUCACAACUGGUUUGGUUCCCAAUCUUAAUGUCUCUGCUGCUCUUCUUGCCUUCAUCGUUAUCCGGACAUGGACAAAAGUUGUUCAGAAGGCUGGAUUUAUGUCCAAACCUUUUACAAGACAAGAGAACACCAUGAUACAAACAUGUGCAGUUGCAUGUUACAGCAUAGCUGUUGGAGGUGGAUUUGCAUCUUAUCUUUUGGGAUUAAACAGGAAAACGUAUGAAUUGUCCGGAGUAGACACUGAAGGGAACUCUGCAUACGCUGUAAAAGAACCAGGAUUUGGUUGGAUGACUGGCUUCCUUUUUGUAGUUUGCUUUGUGGGUCUUUUUGUCUUAAUUCCUCUCAGAAAGGUCUUGAUAGUGGACCUCAAGUUGACUUAUCCAAGUGGCUUGGCAACUGCAGUUCUCAUCAAUGGUUUCCAUAGCCAAGGAGAUAAGUCGGCCAAGAAACAGGUGAACGGAUUCCUGAAGUAUUUUUCAGCCAGUUUCAUGUGGGGGUUUUUCCAAUGGUUUUUCUCUGGGAAAGAAGGAUGUGGCUUCAAAGAGUUUCCUACUUUCGGACUGAAAGCCUGGAAGCAGACAUUCUUCUUUGAUUUUAGCCUGACCUACGUCGGGGCAGGAAUGAUCUGUUCUCACCUCGUUAACUUGUCUUUGCUUUUUGGAGCCGUGCUUUCAUAUGGACUAAUGUGGCCACUCAUUAAUAGGCUUAAAGGAGAAUGGUUUUCUGAAGAUUUACAAGAAAGCAGCAUGAAGAGUUUAUAUGGCUACAAGGUUUUUGUAUCUGUUGCUCUCAUACUUGGUGAUGGUCUCUACAAUUUCCUCAAGAUUUUGUGCUUCACGCUUAUUAAUAUAUAUGGCAGAUUGAAGAACAAAAACCAAAAUACAGCUGAUGAGAAUAACCAGAAGAAGACAGCUAAGGAUCUAAAACAAAACGAAGUUUUCCUCAGAGAAACCAUCCCCAUGUGGAUAGGCAUUGUCGGAUAUGUAGUAUUAUCUAUCCUGUCUAUUAUUGUUGUCCCCAUCAUGUUCCCUCAGCUCAAGUGGUACUAUGUGGUUGUAGCUUACAUUCUUGCUCCAUCUCUGGCAUUCUGCAAUGCAUAUGGGGCUGGUCUCACUGAUAUGAACAUGGCCUAUAACUAUGGGAAAGUAGCCCUUUUUGUGUUAGCGGCAUUGACGGGCAAGCAAAACGGUGUGGUCGCAGGGCUAGCUGGAUGUGGUCUCAUCAAAUCUGUUGUUUCUGUUGCUUGCAUUCUAAUGCAAGAUUUCAAGACAGCGCAUUAUACUCUCACCUCUCCGAGAGCAAUGUUCUUGAGCCAGGCAAUUGGGACAGCUAUUGGCUGCGUUACAGCGCCUCUCAGCUUCUUCCUUUUCUACAAGGCAUUUGAUGUUGGAAAUCCGUACGGAGAAUUCAAAGCUCCUUAUGCCUUGAUAUACAGAAACAUGGCAAUUCUGGGUGCACAAGGCUUUUCGGCCCUGCCUCAGCACUGCUUGCAACUCUGUUAUGGUUUCUUUGCUUUUGCAGUGGCAGUGAAUUUGGUGAGAGAUUUCUCACCGCACAAGAUAGGGAAAUGGAUGCCACUUCCAAUGGCCAUAGCAGUGCCAUUUCUAGUUGGGGCCUAUUUUGCAAUUGACAUGUGCUUGGGGACUUUGAUCGUGUUUGUUUGGCAAAAGCUCAAUACAAAUAAGGCUGACUUGAUGGUUCCAGCCGUUGCUUCUGGACUAAUAUGCGGAGAAGGGCUAUGGAUUCUCCCUGCUUCAAUUCUUGCAUUGGCUAAAAUUAAUCCUCCCAUUUGCAUGAAAUUCCUGCCUUCUUAGAAAAAUGUUCAGGGAAGAAGAAUAAAAAAGGUUUGAAGGAAUGUCCGAGGAGAAGAUGCUCGCAGCAAUUGUGACAGAGUUGUAGAUGCCUAGGUGUAUUUACUAGUAUUUUUAGAAAAAUAAACCAACCUUAGUGAAGAUAGAAUAGUAACGAGCACACUCAAGAUGUUGCCUUCAAGUUUCCAUUGCUUUGGCUCUUUUAUUAAAGGAUAGAAAGCAGAGUUUUUUAAAGAAAUAGAAAAUUUUUUAUUAAAAAAAACAAAAAAAACAAAAAAUCUUUUAUAAUGUGAAUGAUCAAUAAUGUUUGAAAUCAGUUGAGAAAAUAGGCACAGGUCCAACUUGAGAGAUAACUAAUAGUCUAAAACCACCUUUCCGAAAACAUUCGCAAAGAUAUGCAACAUCCAAUGGAAAUAUAAUUUUUUUAACCAAGACAAACGACGAUAUUUGCCCACUCAUUACUUAUUAGUGCUCGUCAACCUCAGGUAAGUCAGACGGGAAUCGCCCUAUUGAGAGUCCUAUCACUGGCCUCCACUAAUUAGAACACCAAUUCGUUUCUAUAGGAGAGACAAAGGAAACUAAGAAAUCGCCAUCCAUCCACUUUCACUUGUCACAUUACACGCUUU